CCCAGCAAUCGUCGGGCUACCCGACAAAGGUUGUCUGGUUGUUGCCUCUCCUCGCUUCAUGACGUCAUCUUCUCCUCUGUAUUCAUCCAAUCCAUCAUUUCAUACUUGUCCGUCCCGACGGACGUAAAUAUAUUGAAGGGGAAAGAAGAGGCAAUAUAAGGAAAGUUGAAUAUGGGGGGUGGAUAACUUCUUUCUCGAAACUUCACAAACCCUCCUUUUUUCCGUGCCUUGUCGCUGAAUUUUGAGGUUUCCAAAUAUUGUUUCAUAAUUGGAAAUUUUGUUGCUUUGGAAUUCUGCUGGGUUUUUUCUGAGCCCUGUUUAUAUUUUGGAGGUAAACUGAACAUCUUGAUAGGAAAAGUGAAAAAUUGAGAUCAGUGCAUCCAUUUGGUUGUUACAUGCACGCUGUAUGAUUUGGACAACAUAGAGAGAUAAUUUCAGGGGGAGAAUUGACGAAUUAAGCCCAGAUAAGUAUAUAAAUUAAUGGAAAAUGGAAUAUAGCAACUCAAAAGCAAAAGACGUCGUAGUUGAUAUUGAGAGUGGUGACGCAAGUCAUGGAGCUAAUGUCAAAAGAGAUCCCGUUUCGAGUAAGGCGAAGAAAUCAUUGAACAGGCUUGUUGGUGGGAUUUUGGGAUACAAUAAAUCAGCCGAAAGUGAGCCCAGCAUAAAGGCAGAUGCCAGUUCUGCUGGAGGAUUGGUUGAGGAUCCACAUGAGACGACGGCAUUGUUGGCGGAUAACAAUCCAGGACAGCAGCCGUGUCAGGGGCUUUUUCCGCUUGCUGAAAAGGACCAUGAGAAAGAGAGAAGGAAGGCUGGAAAAGUUAAAAAGGCUCCCAAACCGCCUCGGCCUCCUAAAGGUCCCUCCUUGGAUGCUGCUGACAUGAGGUUGAUCAAAGAGAUUUCUAAGAUUGCUAUGAAGAAGCGGGAGAGGAUUGAACGUCUUAAAGCAUAUAAGAAGAUGAAAGCAGCUAGAUUGCCGCCACCCUCAUCAUCAUCAUCGUCGUCAUUUUCACCAUCUUCUGGUGGCACUAUAUCGGCCAUGGUCAUCACGAUUCUCUUUAUUCUUGUGCUAAUCUUCCAAGGGCUUGGUUCCCUCGGUAGUUCAAAUUUGGCACUCACGGAGGCUCCUCAACCAGCACCAGAGACAACAGACUUGUCGCCUAUCCAGCUUUACAAAACUGUUAUGUCGGAUGAUGGUGCUGCAUCAAGUUUUCUGCCACCCAAAUCUAACAACUAGCUCUCUGGUUUUGGAGUUGUGUUUGCCUGGUAACAACGGAUAAUCUUGAAGUAGAAGAAAACAAUUGAAGCCACAAGACACCGUUUCUGGAGACCAAACUCUAACUGAGGUGCAAAUUGUUGCUCUGUGUGUGUAUGCAGCAGCUGCUGGAUUCUUGCAGUUGUUUUAUUUUAUUUAUUUAUUUUACAAGUUAACUUACGGAAUAUACGGAGGGGAAAGAUAAGUUGUAUUAAGAAGUUGAGAGUUUUCUUCUGAGGAGCAGAGUAAAAUUACAAAAUGUGAUAGUGAGCUAAGGGUGCAAGGAUGUGAAGAUUAGGGAGAGUACAAAGCAACAGGGCACGAGUGUUGUCAUAAUUGUGAAGCUGAUAAUUGUUGUAUUGUCCAUUAUCUCAUAACAUACUUUCUCUACACCAUAUCUAUACUAUAUAUUAUUAAUGAAGAAAAAGAAGAAGAGUGUGACUUUGA